GGCGAACGGGUUGUUGGAGGCAGAGGCGGCCGUCGCGGCUGCUCCGCCCGCGGCUGUGGGUAAGUCUCCGUUUUCAUCCGGGGUCGGUGUCGUGAGCUGGCUGGCACCCGUGGGGGACAGAGCUGGCGGGAUGAAGACGGCUCCAGCGCCAGAAGUGCCUUGGGUGGCUGGCGACGGAGCGGCAACUGCUCCGCUGCCGCUGCCGCUGCCAACGCUGCCUGGCGCAGCGGUACCCGGAGACACGACCACGGGAGAGACGAUGGCUGGCGCGUUGGGAGUGUUUGGCGAAGGCUCGGCGGCUGGAGCAGCUGGCGGAGUGGCAAUUACCACAGGCGUGGCGACCGCGGGUGCGCCUGAAGAAGCAGGCGCGGCAGUUUCUGGAGACGCAGGUGGCGUCACGACGACUGCUGGAGUCGACACCUCUGGAGAAGGUGCCGGGGCCGGGUCCGCGGCAGAUGGAGCUGGAUCUGCGGGCGGCAGCACCGGUGUAGCUGCGGGCGGUUCAGGGACAACCACUGACGGCUCGGGUGUUGCAAGCGGCGGAGCUGGGGCCGGCUCUACUGAUGGCUCUGGGGCUGGCUCUGGGGUUGGCUCUGGAGACGGCUCUGGAGACGGCUCUGGGGUUGGCUCUGGCGCUGGUUCCGGUGACGGCUCUGGCGCUGGUUCCGGUGAUGGCUCUGGCGUUGGUUCCGGUGAUGGCUCUGGCGCUGGCGCUGGGUCAGAGACAACUGGUGCCGGGAUGACCGCUGGUUCCGACACAACUGGGUCUGGCGUAAUAACCGGCUCUGGAGUAACGGGAUCCGGGGUCACUGGCUCCGCGGGUGUUACUGGGGCCGGCGUGAUCGGGUCUGCAGAUACGACGGGGUCGGGCGUGAUCGGCUGCGCGGAUAUGACUGGAUCUGGAGUCAGGGAGACCACUGGGUCGGGAGCCGGAGUGGCAGCGGUGUUGUCGCCAUCAGCGGCGCCCAGAACGACAGAUGGAGCAGGGAGAGGGUCCAAAACGGGGUCCGGCGGCCCUCCUGUCGAUGCCACCACGGGUGCUGGUGUCGAGUCGGCAGCAGCUUCGGGUGUCGACGCUGCUGCUGGCGCGCUCAAGACACCGCCCAAGAGUCCUCCAGCCGGUGACGAGGCAGCUGCAUCGUCGGCGGCAGCGCUGGCGGCGGCAUCGGCUCCCCCCGACAGUCCUGGCGCACUCAAGAGCUGGGCCGCAGCCAGCGUGGCCUGGAGCCAAACAACACGAAUGACCAGCAUCGUUCAAGAAUCGAAGAGAAGCGAAGAAUUAGGCAAAAUUAAAAAAACGACGAAAGGCAGAAGAGAAAAUGAGCGGCCUUUCGCGCCAAGUCAUAGAAUGUGGAUUUAGACCCGACACAUCAUCUUGUUUGGCCUGGUCUGGUCUGGUGUAGGUCCAGGAAAGAAAGUCUUGGGAGAGAAUGAGAGCGAGCAGGAGAUCGGAGAGGGAGAGAGAGAGACGGGCACUAGUCUACUCUAGAGAGCUUCGCGAGAGCCCGGUUGCCGUGCCAAGCGUCGGAUCACCAAUGCAUAAGCCAUCGCCGCGGAUGCCAUGGACAGGCGAGACGGCAUCUUUUGGCUGGCUGUCGCGCGCUCGAGGAGUCGCUGUCCCGAUUUUCCCGGACGCUGCCAGUUUCAGCCCCCGAGCCCGUUCGCGGGCAAUGGCGCCCGCGGCACCUGCCAAGCUUGACAGCGCAGGGAAGAUCGCCGCCCAAAGCGGCAUAGCCCAGUAUCAAGACGAUUCAAGCUGCCC